AUGGAGCCCAGAGGAAGUGAACCUGGCACUAGUGACCCCUCUCCCUCAGUGGGGUCAAAGGCUGCAAUCCCUGAGGGAGGGUCUAGGAGUGUUCCUGUGGUGACCCUAGUGUGUCUCUGUGUUCUACUGCUGGGCCUGGCUAUCACUCUGGGAGUCCUCUAUGCUUCCAACAUGACUAGUCUUCAUGCUGAGGAAGCUCGCUUUAACCAGAUGAAAGAGAAUCUAACAGUCCAGAAAGAGUUGUUAUCCUCAGGGCUUCAAGACUGUAAGGCCAACCUGACUAGGGUCAAAGAUCUCCUGCCAACCAUCCAAGGUCAGAAGCCAUGUUCUCCUGGCUGGGAGUCCUACAAUGGAUCAUGUUACUACUUCUCUAAAGACAAACUGACCUGGGAACAGAGUCAGUACGCCUGCAUCCGCGAUGGAGGACACCUGGUCAUCAUAGAGAGUAGUCAGGAGCAGGAGUUUAUAAAACAGAGAGUGGUAACAUUGGGAAUUGAUCCUUAUGAACACAGCCCCUGGAUAGGACUGACAGAUGAGAAGCAAGAGAAAGUGUGGGUCUGGAUGGACAAUACAACUCUUUUUAAUGAGAACAUCAAGUAA